UUACUUCAGAAGUAAACCUUCUAUCGCAAAGCAUUUGCAGAUUAGCCGUGUGCAAUGAAAAUAUAGUGCAAAUAUAAGGAAUAUAAAGUGGAGCAUUAGUACAAAUAUUAAAGAAUUAUCAGUGCAGAGCAUACCCUCCCACACUCCCUCUCUCUCUUUCUCGACCACAUUCUGUGUUUCUGUGCUCCUCCCACCCUCUUGUACUCGUUCACUCAGGCUCUGCCUCUAUGUGUCUUGCGCUAUGAAUGCACUUGUAAAUUUAAUCUCCGCUAAGGAGGAGGAGGAGGAGCGCCAGUGCAUGUGAGGUAUCUCAGUAGCUGACAGAUACAGUGCUCACAGGAGGAGACAUGAGAAGACAUCUUAUCCAUCGCAUCAGUUUGUUACUUUAUGUUUGAAGUCUGUUUUGUGUGCUGGCACUCCCAAGUGAUCUGAAGCACUGAACUGAGAUUACAAAGAAACCAGCUAGUGUGUUUGGAUAUGAAAAAACGCUGACCUGAAAAAGGAAAGUAAGACCUUUCUAUGGACAUUUACUCUUACGUGAGACUAUAUGUGAGAUGGGAGCCGUGCAGGUGGUCUUCAGUAGCAGGCUACGGUAUGCCAGUCAGGGAAGCAAUGAAAUGAGAUUCGCGAGCAUCGCUAAAGACUGCUUUAUAAGCUCUUUGCCAGUCUAGUUGAGAGAGUCAAGCUUUGGUUGGAUCAGUCCUCCUGAUAUUCUCCGGCUGAACCGAGCAGGAGUCCAGCACAUUGCACAGUCCAGUAGGACUGAGGAACAUUUAAGUUUGCUCUCCAGAGGUUCUGGACCUGGCUGACUUCUCUUUGUUUCUUGGAGACGCUUGGCUCUCUUUUAUUGAAUUUUCUCUGUGAUAACCGGGCUUCCUCUGAGACAGGAUGCAGGUGUCGUUUGUUUGCACAGACCACCGGUCCAUGAGCCGUAGCACAGAUGACAGGCUCAAUCGACAGAACGCUAACAGUCCGAACACUGGUACUCGAAGCAAGUUCAAAGCCGUGGCCAUGGUGGCCAGGAGCCUUGGGCAGCUUUCCAUCCAGAGUGUCCCUUCUUCAAGUGACCAGAGCAUGAGAACUGGCAUGAAGUAUCGAAACUUGGGGAAGUCGGGCCUGAGAGUCUCAUGUCUUGGAUUAGGAACAUGGGUGACGUUUGGAGGACAGAUCACAGAUGAGAUUGCAGAGCAGCUGAUGACUCUGGCGUACGAGAACGGGAUCAAUCUGUUCGACACGGCAGAGGUCUACGCUGCAGGAAAGGCGGAGAUGGUGCUGGGCAACAUCAUAAAGAAGAAAGGAUGGAGACGCUCCAGUUUGGUCAUUACAACCAAAAUAUUUUGGGGUGGAAAAGCAGAGACCGAGAGAGGACUGUCAAGAAAACACAUUAUAGAAGGUUUGAAGGCAUCAUUGGAGAGAUUGCAGUUAGAAUAUGUGGACGUGGUGUUUGCAAACAGACCAGACCCCAACACACCCAUGGAAGAGACGGUGCGGGCGAUGACCCAUGUGAUCAAUCAGGGAAUGGCGAUGUACUGGGGAACGUCACGCUGGAGUCCGAUGGAAAUCAUGGAAGCGUAUUCUGUGGCCCGACAGUUCAACCAGAUCCCACCCAUCUGCGAACAGUCAGAAUACCACAUGUUCCAGAGAGAGAAAGUGGAGGUGCAGCUUCCUGAGCUCUUCCAUAAGAUCGGUGUGGGUGCGAUGACAUGGUCCCCGCUGGCCUGUGGGAUAAUCUCAGGGAAAUACGACAGCGGGGUGCCGCCUUACUCUCGCGCCUCACUGAAGGGCUACCAGUGGUUGAAGGACAAGAUCUUGAGCGAGGAGGGCCGACGCCAGCAGGCGAAGCUGAAAGAGCUGCAGGCAAUCGCUGAGCGGCUGGGCUGCACGCUGCCACAGCUAGCCAUCGCGUGGUGCCUGAGAAAUGAAGGUGUGAGCUCUGUGCUCCUCGGAGCCUCCAGCACGGACCAGCUCAUGGAGAAUAUAGGAGCAAUACAGGUUCUUCCAAAGUUAUCCUCCUCCAUCGUGCACGAGGUGGACAGUAUCCUGGGCAACAAACCCUACAGUAAAAAGGACUACCGCUCCUAGUGUGGAACCAGACGGGACCGGAUGCUCCGUACCCACCUUUGCCUGAUCCUCCGUUCGCUUCAGCUUUUACUGAAUGAGUACCGGCUGCAUGAGACGGGCAAGCACCCACAAACCCUGGAGAGCAAGACUUUUAGAACACGAAGGGCAGGAAACAUGUGAAAAAAAAUAUACAAAACAUACAAAAAGAGACACAUUCACUGACAUGCAGGAUAGAGAGCGAUGCAUUGAAGAUACGUGCUCACGGAGUCAUCCAGAUGGGCACUUUAAAACCAGAUCAUUAGGGUAACUAAGAACAAAAUGAAAAAUAAUAUGCUUAUAAACAUUAAAAAAUAACAUGCUUGCUUGGUUGCUGGAAAUAUUCAGUUUUUCCCUUUGCUUUUUUUUUUUAUAUUGAUUGCAUAAUAACAAAAAUAGAGCUCAAGCUGAAAUAGGUGAUCCGUAACCACUCAUGCGAUCCUUUUGGGUUUGCACACAUCGUUCACAUCAUCGAGGUGUCCCGGCCCAGAACUCUUCACUGUGUCAUCUGCGUUACGUAUGCACAGGCGAACCAAUAAGCACUUUAAGAGAACAUCAGCGAGAGCGGCUUUGUGAAACCUCAUUUAAGAGCAGCUCCUCUCUUGUGUGGAACGGGGCAAAAAUCAAUGGCUUUUCCUUAUUCUGCACAGGGCAUGGCGUCGUCUCACUGUCCGCUCUCGCUCUUCAGCCUCAAAACACAGCCCUGGCUUCUCACGUGUCUCUGCUUUGCUAACACGGCCGCGAGAGACGCUCUGAUGUCAGAUCACUCCAUCAGAUGUUGUGGUUUUUGUAGGGCAGCUGUCUGUGUGAUUGCUGAAGAUGAGCCUCGGAGGUCUUCCAUCCACAGUAACCUACUCCCAGCGCACACGUUUAGUGUACUGAUAUUACAAUUACUCACGCUGAUUUAUUAGAGUUUAAGUACAGAUUGAAUUAUCUGAAGUACUAAUGGGAUAAGCAUGCUUCAAAAGUAUUUAAUACGAUCACUGCAGUUUUUUAAAUCAGAAGAGUGACUGUUAAGAAACGUCAGAGACUAUUUUCUGGUCAUAUUUCACCUCAAAAUCAAUAUCUAUAAACGAUAUAAUGUAAGAUAUACUAAAUUAUAUUACUUAUGAUUUUAGAACAAUCACAAUUUAU